CUCGAUUGAUUUCAUCAAGCCGGCAUUGCACGAUGCUCACAUUCAAGAAUCUAAAAGUUCAUCAAACCUUAAUUUCGGUCGUGCCCGAAAUCUCGAUCCUUAAAAAAACCGAAACUUUCAUAGUAAAAUGGCUCUGCAUCCUCUGAAUUUGAGUUCUUGAUUCAAAAAGAGACGCACUUUUUGAUUCCAAGGGGAACGAUGCAGAGGCUCGUCUCUCUCAAUCUCGCUUCGAGCCUCUCAAGAAAGCUCUCCGGCACCGCCGCCGCCGCCUCGACGUCUUCGUUCCUUGGCCAUUCCCGCCUCUGCGGCUCCUCCACUGUCGCCAGGCCGAGCCGCGCCGAGGUCGGCGUCUCUUGGCCCCGUUCCUUCUUCUCCGGCGACGCACCAUGGCGGGUCCAGGCGAGAAACGCCCCAGUGUCGGCUCAUUCGAGUGCCCUUCUAAGGUCGCCGCUCGAGAGGCUCGUGAAUUCCGGAGCUGGGUUUUACAGGGCGCCUUCGCCUUUCAACUCGCGUUCUGGAUUCAGCGGCAGCUUCGACUCCUAUAGACGCGGCUGGAAAUCAUGGUUUAGAAGGCUAACAAAUGACAAUGUGGUUCUGGGGUUGAUAAUUGCAAAUGUUGCUGUUUUUAUGCUAUGGCAAAUUGCUGAUCGUAGUUUUAUGAUGAAAAACUUCACUAUUUCCUUAGACAACUUUAAGAGCGGUCGUCUGCACACGAUGAUAACUUCUGCUUUCAGCCAUAUGACUAUGGAGCAUUUAAUCUACAACAUGAUUGGACUUUACUUUUUCGGGUACAAUAUUGGGAGAAAUUUCGGACCAGAAUUCUUGUUAAGGUUGUAUCUGGCUGGGGCUUUUGGUGGUUCAAUGUUCUAUUUGGUGCACCAUGCUUUCAUGCAUUCACAGUCGAAGGGUCAAGGAAUGUUCAGCAUAGACCCUUCAAGAAUGCCAGGAUUGGGAGCUAGUGGAGCGGUCAAUGCUAUCAUGCUGCUUGAUAUAUUUCUCUUUCCAAAAGCCACACUCUACUUCGACUUUAUCAUUCCCGUUCCUGCCAUCUUACUGGGAAUUUUUCUGGUCGGCAAAGAUGUGUUGAGGAUGAUUGAGGGAGACAGUGAGAUAUCGGGAUCGGCUCACUUGGGAGGAGCUGCAGUUGCAGCUAUCACAUGGGCCCGACUCAGGAAAGGGCGGUUUUAAAUCUUCAGCUUCUCAUGUUGAUUUCGACAGGAUAGUUGAUUUUUUUUUUUGUUCUGCUGCUUCAUUUUUAUGAAGUGGGUGUCAAGUUGAUUGCCUCCAAGGUGUUGAAUUUAUAUAGCAGCUAGCAGAACGGCUCCGGAGAUUUUUGUCAAAUGCCGGAAAGAGAUGACAUAACAAUGGAUGACUACUGUGCAGGGAGCAUUACUCUGGGCACGUGUCAGUUUGACGUACAUAGUUAGACAGUCUUUGGACAAUUUGACGUUCACAAGAGCUGUUAGUCAUUUGCCGGUAUUUGUUUGCUGUAUGCAUGGCCCGAAAAUUUGCUGAGAUCUUCUGUUGAUUCUGCACUGGGAAGUAUCAGCCUGAUAGUCAUUGUUAAUCACUCUGUUACAGAGCACUUUGAUGUGGGAAGUAUUAGCCUGAUAGUCAUUGUUAAUCACUCUGUUACAGAGCACUUUGAUGUGAAAGUAUCUUUCAAAAAGGCCAACAAAGCAGGUUGUAUCAGGAUAUGCAAGAGUAUUUAUUUUGAAUUAUUUCGUA